AUGUCACAGUGUCAUUUGUCUACAAACUCACAAAUCCAAGAACAGCUCGAAGGAUUCUGGAAAUUAGAAGAGAUCGAGCAUUCAACUCCGUACACAAAGGAAGAACAACUUUGUGAGAAUCAUUUUGUCUCCACACAUCAACGUGAUCAAGACGGUCGAUUCAUCGUGCAACUACCAUUAAAGGACAAGAUUUCUUCACUUGGAAAAUCUUGGGAAAUUGCAGAGAAGCGUCUAAGAUUAAUUGAAAGAAAGUUAGAGAAAAAUCCUGAGUUAAAGGAAGCAUAUAUUAAUUUCAUACAAGAAUACGAGAGACUAAGACACAUGAGCGCGGUGGAGAAUUCUACAGGCGAUGAUAAAAAUGCGAACUACAUUCCACAUCACGCAGUUGUUAAAGCAACGAGUACUACCACUAAGAUACGUGUGGUAUUUGAUGCGUCCUGCAAAACGUCGUCCGGCAAGUCGCUCAAUGACAUACUGUCAGUAGGACCUACGAUUCAAAAUUCAUUAUUUGAUAUCAUGCUGCGAUUCCGGCAACAUAGUUAUGUUAUCACCGGCGAUAUUCAUAAGAUGUAUCGACAGAUCUUAUUAAAUGUCGAUCAACGAGAUCUGCAGCGAAUUUUAUGA